GAAUCCAGUCUCUCCAUGAGCGCACACACACACACAAUCACGUCUUGACUGGUUGCUACGGAUUUUUACUUUUAUGUUGACAAUGGCAUGAGCAGCUGGCCACUGCUUGGCUUUUGAAGGAAUAAGUUCCUAUGUCCUGGAUCUAUCAGAGCAAGCCUGAUCAGCUGGGAAUAACCUCCUCAGGGCACUCAUGAGGCAGUUGUCUUUCUGCUUAAGGACAGCUUGAUUUCCACCGUUUGUCAUGGUCAGUGGCGGUUCCAGCGAUUUGACCCCGACCGUGCCCGUCAAGAUUGUUUCGGCUGGACUCGCCGGCUGCGUGGCGGACCUGGUCACCUUCCCGCUGGAUACCGCAAAAGUCAGGCUGCAGAUUCAAGGGGAAGCCAAGCCUUUGGUGAAGGGUCAGAGGGCAACAUACAGAGGCGUGUUUGGAACCAUCUUCACCAUCGUGAGAACCGAGGGGCCCAGGAGCCUGUAUAAUGGACUGGUGGCGGGUCUCCACCGACAGAUGAGCUUCGCCUCGGUCAGGGUGGGCCUGUACGACACCAUGAAGCAGUUCUACAGCAGGGGCUCGGAGAGUGCCGGCAUCGGGUCUCGGCUCUUGGCGGGCUGCACCACGGGGGCCAUGGCGGUGGCCGUGGCCCAGCCCACUGACGUGGUGAAAGUCAGGUUCCAGGCGCAGAUCAACCUGCCUGAGUGCGGCUCAGUGAAGAGGUACAGCGGCACCAUGGACGCCUACAAGACCAUAGCCAGGGACGAGGGCGUCCGGGGGCUGUGGAAAGGUUGUCUGCCCAAUAUAACUCGCAACGCCAUCGUCAACUGCUGUGAGAUGGUGACCUAUGACAUCAUCAAGGAGCGCAUCCUGCAGUACAAGCUGAUGUCAGACAACAUGCCGUGUCACUUCACAGCCGCCUUUGCCGCAGGGUUCUGCACCACCAUCGUGGCUUCCCCUGUCGACGUGAUCAAAACGCGCUACAUGAACUCCGUGCCGGGCCAGUACAGCAGCGCCAUCAACUGUGCUUUCACCAUGCUGGUCAAAGAGGGACCUACGGCGUUCUACAAAGGAUUCAUGGCCUCGUUUCUCCGCUUGGGUUCAUGGAACAUCGUUAUGUUUAUGAGCUAUGAGCAAAUUAAAAGAGGUGUGGUGAGGCUGCAGCAGUCGUUGCAGUCUGCACUCUAACCUUUCCUGUCGGUUGUCACUUGGGCCCUCAG